AUGGCCUCGAAAAAGAAACAGAAGGAUGGCAUCCAUUUUGUCAACGCCAGGCCAGCUUCCGAAAUUGAGAAACUGAAAGCCCAGCGUCUGGUACGCGCCCACGUCGGCCGCUGGAUCUCCGACCAAACAAAAGACCGCUCGGAAGCUGCUGUGCGCCGUCCAAUCCGCAACGCCAUUUCCUCCUUAUCCGCCAAUGACCCUGGUGUCGGUCCGUCCUCGUAUGCCCUCGUGUCGCGCUCUGGAAAUCGCAACGUCUCUUUUUCGUUUGCGCAACCUCCCUCGCCGUUCCCGCCGUCGCAUCAUAGCGAUAGCAGUGAUAGCUCCAGUGGGGAGGAUACGUUGAGCGUGAUCUUGACCGAGAAGCAUGGCGUCGUGCGAUGGCGCAAGCGGUCUUCUGUUGCCCGUGAGAUCUCGGGUGUCUUCGAUCCUUUCGGUACAUAUCCCUCGCCCGCGCAUUUCGAUCCGGAGGUAGUUGAUCUGUCCGAGCGGUAUAUUACGACGGUCAUCUGGCCGGGUCUUGCGCCGCGGCCGAAUACUAUCAAGGCGGCGGGUGAAUCAUGGUUUCCCUUGUCCAUGGCGGACCCUGCGUUGUUCAGCGCGUUCAUGUUCGGGUCGCUAUGUCAUCUGCGCGUUCAAUGGCAGAAUAACUGGGUGCCGGGGACGGUGUUUGGUCCGAAGCAGCAGCAAUUAUUACAGCAGUGUGAAAUGGAAUCCAUCAAGUUGAUCAAUCAGGCGGUGCGGGAUCCCACUCGUGCGGCCAGUGAUGCGGUAAUAUUGAGUGUCAUCUGUAUGGCGCAUCACCAAGCCGAGGAGAAGUUGGUUUAUCGACAUCAGAAGACGGCUUUCAACCCGCCAUUCCCGCGACUACAGUGGAUUGAUGUGUAUGGAUGUUUACCGCCAAACAUGAUCCACAUCCAAGGCUUGAUACAGCUGGUCAAGAUGCGAGGUGGAUUGCGAAAUAUCACCACAACCGGUCUGGCCGCGACAAUAUGCUUUUCCGCCAUUCUCACCUGCAGUUCCCUCUGUGUAAACCCAGGCUUCGAAUUCUGGCCCCUAGAUGAGAACCGCCUGGAUAUGGGCAUCUAUGAAGUAUUGGAUUUCACUCCAUCAGAUACAGAACACGGUUUCGCCCGCCUCCAAGCAAUAGGCGCAACCUACGAAAUGGCAGAAGCCUUCCAAGCAGUCCAGAAAUACAUCGGAAUUAUCAAAGCCAGUCCAACAUCCACACUAGACGUCUCCCUCCUCGCCGAUCGCCGUAAUAUAGUACAACACACCCUCAUCUCUCUCAAGCCUGCUUCAGAGUUGCAGCCUUUCUUCUCGCAUCCCACUCAUGCAUCUACAUAUGAAGCAUGCCGUCUCGCCGGGCUGGUCUUUGGCGUAGGCGUUAUCUUCCCCAUUCCCGCUCAAAAUACCCCCCUCCACACCCUCGCUCGCAGUAUCCAGUCCAUCCUCCUUGAGCCCACUUCGUCUGCAUUGUGGUCCUCGCCUUCGGCCCGCUUUGCGCUCAUUUGGAUUUUGACUUUGGCUGGUAUUGCUGCUCACAAUGCGCCGGAGCGUGCUUGGUUCGUUUCUGCUCUCGCGGAUAUCACUCGUCGGACUGGCUUGUCUUCCUGGGGAAGUCUUAAGUCGGUCCUCGGCUCUAUGCUUUGGUAUGAUACUGCUUGUGAUCAGGCUGCUGAGGAUGUCUGGUUUGAGGGACAGCGUACAGAUCAGCAGCAUCAACGUACAUAUGCGAUUAAGUGA